GGGGGGGUUACUUCAUAUUAGUGUUUUGUCGUCAAGAAAAGAUAGAGACUUCCAAUGUAACGAGAUUGAAAAUAAAUUUGAUUCAGAAAAUAAAUAUAUGAAUGAAAUCUAUGAAGGAACAUUUAGAUGUCCUUUACAAAUAUCGUCAUGAUGUCAUUCAUAAAGGGCAUUCGCUUACAUGCCAGACAAUUUCUCAGGUCUCAACUGAAUGUCAGAACUUCAAUUUUGGUAAAUCAAGAAGAUAUUUAAAGUCGUCUUCAGUGAUGGUGCAUGUCCUGACAGCUGAUUUGUUCGAAACUUUAAUGCAUAAAUAAUCAGCCUUGGGCUAGUAUUAGAAUUUUUCAUAUAUGUGAGACAACAUAAUUCCAAAAUAUUACUUCUUUGGAAUAUCGUGGCAUUCGGGAUGGACAUUAUUUCCAGUUCUUCUAGUAUUAUCUCCAAGUGGGAAGUAACUGAUUUCAAUAGCCGUAAUCAAGUUGAAAUCAUUUGAAAUUACACGAAAUCAUGAAAUCAGUUACUUCCGCCUUGAUUAUUUCAAAGGAAAAAGAAAUCAACUAGCUAUCUUUUCUUAUGACGAUUCUUGGUCUCAACCUUGAUAUAUAGAAGACUUCUCUAAUUUUUAAAAUUUCCAUAUUUUGUAUAAAAAUUAUGUAGAAAUACAAAUUUCAUGAUAAAUUUUCUAGCAACACCUAUUUCAUCCUUUGUCGAAGACUUGCUCUCGAUGAAAUAAAUUCGAAAUACAAAUUCGAAAAUUUAAAGAAGCUGUGAAAAUCCGUGCUAUCAAUGAAACAACACCUAUUCCUCAAAUUUAUGACGAAGAAGCAACACGAAUCAAUCUAUCAACAUUAUCAAUUGCUUCUUUACUAUCUCGGAGAGAAAUUAGCCAGUGAAAAACUUGAUGUUCUUUUAUCUAAAGACUUUUUUAAGGUAGUACAUUAAAUAGAGCACGUCGACUUCAAGCACCUCAUAUUCCUGAUUCUCAAAUCAUCACCCUCGAUUUUCAGUCAAGUUUAUUGCAUACAUGCAAUAAAAUAUGAACAAUGUAAAGAUAAAUUUAUUUUAUAAAAAAAAUGAAUAUUUCUAUAUUUGUUAGCUUUCGUUUGUGUGCUUGCUCUUUUGCCUGAUAAAAAAAACCCACUUAUAAAUUGUUGUUUCAUGAAUUACGUAAUAAACUUGCUCAAUUUUUUCAUCCGAAUACUAUUGUGUCAGAUUUUGAAGAAACUUUAGCAAAUAUUAUUAAAAGCGAAGUAUGUAUCAUCUUAUUUCAAUGUAAACAAACGCUGUUGUGCUUUCGUUCUUCUAGUUUUCUAAUUCUCUUCACGUGGGAUGCUAUUUCCAUUAUACGCAGGCAAUAUAUCGUAACAUUCAACGUCUUAGUUUAUCUUCUGAAUAUGCUGCUGAUGAAGAAAUUCGAAAUAUCUAUCGAAAGAUUAUGGCUCUUGCUCUAAUGCCUGUGUCAUUAGUUUUACGAGCAUUUGGUGAUCUUUCUGAAUCAGUUCUUGAAUCAUCACCAAUAAAAUUUAACUUACUUAAGCCUUUAUUUCAUUAUUUUGAGAAUCAAUGGUUAAAAAAUGUUGAUAUUCAAAGAUGGAAUGUUUACGGAUUAAAACUUAGAACAAAUGACAAUUGUGAAGGAUAUCACAACCGCCUUAAUUUACGAAUAUCUAAAUAUCAUCCCAAUAGUUGGGCCUUUAUUAGAUGUAUUCAAGGUGGAGAAAAUCGAUUUAAUCAUUUAUUAAUUCAAUUGAAAGGUGAUGUGCAAAUGCGACCAAAAACAAAAAAAACACAACCUAUUCGACAGAGAAUUGAUACAUUAUACAUUCGUCAUGAUAAUGUAGAUGCUACUAACAAUGAACUUUUAGAAGGAUUAUCAUUAUCAUCGUGA